CUCACUGUCACCAGAGCUCUGUGCUGCUGUGUGGGAGCUCUGCUUCCCUCUCCCAUGCCCUCUCCCAGGCCCUCGCCGCUCCCAGCGUCGGAAAGGUGUGAGGUAACCACUCCCUUCCUACAGCUCUGCCUGGGGAAGCAGCACUGCUCUGCAGAACUGAAUGAGCUCUAGAAACAUUCCCAAUGAAGACCUUGAGUUCUGAGGAUAUUUACAGAGAGGAAGUUUGGAGAUCAACCAUGAAUCCCAAGGCAGAAGAGAAGAGGAAGCAGCGCCAUAGCUUGACUUUAUUGGAGCAAGUAAAGCGAAUGAAGGAAUCAACACAGAUAAUCGAUGUGGUGCUGGUUGCAGAAGGCGAGAAAUUCCCCUGCCAUAAGGUGGUGCUGGCUGCCUUCAGUGCCUAUUUCAAAGCCAUGUUCACGUGUGGCUUGGCAGAGUGUGUGCAGAGGGAAGUGGUGCUGCAUGACGUCUCUGCCGAGAGCGUGUCGGUGAUCCUGCACUACAUGUACAGCGCGGAGCUGCGCCUCACCAACCACAACGUGCAGACUGUCGCCCUCGCUGCCUACUUCAUGCAGAUGGAAGAGGUCUGCAAUGCGUGUCAGAAGUACAUGAUGGACCAUAUGGAUGCUUCCAACUGCUUGGGCAUCUACUAUUUCGCAAACCACAUUGGGGCAGAAGAUUUAUGUGACCAAGCGAGGAAAUACGUGUAUCAGCAUUUUGCUGAGGUGAGCUUGCAGGAAGAAAUACUAGAGAUCGAAUUCCAGCAGCUGAUGAAUCUGAUCAAAUCAGAUGAUCUGAAUAUUUCCAGGGAGGAGAGCAUUCUGGACCUCGUCAUUAGAUGGGUCAAGCACAGCAGAGAGUCACGUUUAGAACAUCUUGUUGAGCUCCUCAAGCAAGUGCGACUGGUACUGGUCAGCCCCUCUUUUCUUGUGGAAGCCCGGAAAAGGAACACAAUUAUUCUGUGCAAUUCAGAAUGCAAUGAUAUGUUUGAGGAAGCACUGAAAACCAUCCAGCUGUCCAGCCACCCUUCCCUCAGCCUGCGAUACGGCAUGGAGACUACGGACCUCCUGCUCUGCAUUGGCAACAACUCCCAAGGCAUCAGGUCCAGGCAUGGCAGCUAUGCAGAUGCCAGCUUUUGUUACGCUCCUGCCACACGAAAGACUUACUUCAUUUCCUCCCCGAAGUAUGGAGAGGGUUUAGGAUGUGUUUGCACUGGUGUUGUCACUGAGAAAAAUGAUAUCAUUGUGGCAGGCGAGGCAAGCGCCGUCAAAAUGUCUAGACAAAGGACCAGGAACAUUGAAAUUUAUAGGUACCACCAGCGAGGAAACCACUUUUGGCACAGUCUGUGCACCACUGAGCUCCGUGAGCUCUACGCACUGGGCACUGCCCACAACGACCUCUAUGUAAUAGGAGGGCAAAUGAAAGUGAAAAACCAGUAUCUGGUCACAAACUGUGUGGAGAAGUAUUCCAUGGAGCAAGGCACCUGGAGAAGCACGGCCCCUCUGCCAGUUCCAUUGGCCUGCCACAUGGUGGUGACGGUGAAGGACAAGCUGUACGUGCUGGGCGGAUGGACACCACAGAUGGAUCUGCCUGACGAGGAGCCGGAUCGAUUAAGUAACAGAAUGUUUCAGUACGACCCGGGCCAAGACAAAUGGGUGGAAAAAGCUCCAAUGAAGUUCUCCAAGUACCGCUUCAGCACAGCCGUAGUCAACGGGGAGAUUUAUGUCUUGGGAGGAAUUGGGUGCCUUGGUUAUGACAGAGGACAGACACGGAAAUGCCUUGAUGCAGUGGAGAUUUAUAACCCUGAUGGAGACUUUUGGAGGGAUGGACCCCCUAUGCCUUCUCCCCUCCUCUCCUUGCGGACAAACUCUACCAGCGCAGGCUCUGUGGAAGGGAAGCUGUACCUCUGUGGAGGAUUUCAUGGAGCAGCUCGUCAUGAAGUUAUCACCAAAGAGAUCCUUGAGCUGGAUACGUGGGAGAACCAGUGGAACGUGGUGGCCACCGAUGUCCUCAUGCACGACAGUUACGAUGUUUGCCUCGUUGCUCGGCUGAACCCACGGGAUCUUAUCCCUCCUCCUCCAGACUUAGUGAGCCAAUAGAAGUUCAGUGCCUCCAGAUUCUGCAGAGACUGGAGAAUCUGGGGAAACAAAUGCUGCAUUGGCUCUGGAUCACAGCUGAGUCCCACAAAGAGGAAAGGGCAACAUGUGCUUAAGGACAUAAUUGCCUUUGAGCUGUGCUUAUCUGAUGAUGCUUAAUUUGACAGUGCUGGUGCUCUGGACUUCUGUGGAUGAAAGCCAAGGUUGUCCAGCCUUUGUGUGUGGCUCUUCAAUCUGGUUGUGAACGCCCCAGUGCUGGGUGAAGCCUGGGCUGCUGGGACCUUUUGCCUCACAGGCACAAUGACAGCCCAGGGCUCAGCUCACCGCAGGUGUAUGACAGAAAGCUCUAGCCAGGGAAAUUCCUGCUUUGCUGCUCAUCCCACUUGGAUCUACUAAGCCAUGCAGGAAGCUAAGAGAUAGAUUAAGUCAGCUGAUGAAAAACAAGUGCCAGACUGUAAUUGACUGAUGCAAAGGUAAAACAUAGAAAAGCCUUUGUUUGAAACAAAAUCCCAUUAGCCAAGGUCCAUUAGCCAAGAACACCAGCUCCUGCAAACAUUAUCCAAAGCACAGACAUAACAGUCAAGACAUCCUGUCUUUGCUAAUAGACCUGAACCCGUGCUAGUAGAAAACAAAUCCUUUGGCAGCAAGUCACAAACGAGUCUGUCAGUCGGGCUGGUAGACAGUCUCUACCAAAGACAAGAAGAAUCUUAAAUUUUCAUAUAAAUCCUAUUUAUUACGAAGUCUGGUGUGACCAGGAUCUUAGAGCUCAGGAAACUUUCCUUGAGAGAUGAAUAAAGGGAUGCAAACUAAAAAGUAAUAAAUGAGACGAGUAUUAUCUGCACAUCAGCAUUGCAGCUACAGGAAAGGAGAAAUGUGCUAAACAAUAAAUGUUUAUAUAAUGGGAAUAGCUGUAAUGGAGUAUCAUAAGGCUAAUUUUCUACCAACAGAAUUGGCUAUAAUCACAGGGAAGAGGAACAAUUCAAACAGUGCUUCUGAAGGCAGUGUUAGCCUUUGUAGGGCUUGAAGACAGUAGGUUAGAGAGAAAAUUGUUGCUAGUUCUGCUAUGCCAUUUGAAUUACCAAUAACUGUUCAUCAGUUCUCUGGUGCCUCCCUUGCAAUGUAUCUGUCCCUGCCUGGGCAUUACAGACAAGAGAACUGGAAAUCUCAUGGUGCUCUUGGGCCUCAGUUGUAAAUGACAGCAUGCUGCAAUACAGACUGAAUGUCAGGGACAAACAUCAGACUAAACUAUGAUAUUGUAUGAGAAUAAUUAUUGUCAGCAAGAAGUGGCCUUGAUAACUACAAAAGCAGCAACAAAAGUGGAAUAAAAAACAAAGGCAAAGAAAUGAAGGUAGUUUAUCCAUAGUUACUUCCAGAAUUUGUAUUUUAGAGCAUCACAAUUUUCUCUUUCAAGCCUGUUUUAGACUGCAAAAAUGUCAGCUUUUUAUGUUGCUUUUUUGACUGCAGUGCUUAUGGCAGAGAGAGAUGGAGAGGAUGAUCCAAAAGCCCUUUUCCAAUUCUGACUUUUGUUUUUCAUUAAUUAUUCUAUAAAUAUCCAGUGGGAAUAUCAAGCUGUCAUGUAAAAACUGUUAGAAGGAAGAUCAGUAAGUUUUUCUGGUAACUCUAGUAGGACACUGAGGAAUGCUCAGACAAGAAGGGAUUUGGGGGGGAAGAAAUUCAGGAAAACACAUAGAAAAGGAAUGAAUCCAUGAGCCUUACAGCUAAUUCUUUGUCUUCCUUUACAUUUCCCAAGCAGAAUGUGUAUCACAGCCUAAACAUUUACUCUUGUGUUUGCAUAAUUUUUGUAUUAUUCUGCCAUCCUUUUUUUCUUUCCAUUGCUCAUAGGUAGGCUGUUAUCUGCCAAGAACGGAGUUGUGACAACCGUGAACUUCAGCAGUAAAAAUCAGUGACCAGCUCCUAAAAUUGCAACCCCUCUGGUCAUCAAGUGCAGUUGAAGGUGUAAGAUCAAGGAGACAAACUCUGAUUUAAUAAGUUUUUAAACAAACUCAGUAGAAAGUUCUUCCAAUAAAUAACCAUCCAAUUUUAGAAACUCUUUGACUUUUGCUGUUACUGUGAAAUAAAGGUAAUUUUGUUCUCAUUUCUCUACAAGGCUCUUAAGGCAGCUGGAAGCAAUGCUCUUGAGCAUCCAUUAAGGGCUUCCUUGUGGAACCCAGGUUCUGCAACUGUACCUAUUGAUUUUGCACUUUUAUUUUUUUAAAGAAGGGUUGUUUUAAAGGAAUGUUUUUUGAUCUUUGGUUUUUGCUCUGUGGUCUAUUCCUUACAGUUCUUGUGCUUUAAAGCCUGGGGUAAUCUACUGGAUUUGACUCUCCAAAAGACAUCUAUUUGGAAUAUUUAAAGAGAAGAAGGGAAAUAAUUGCAACCUUUCAUUACUAAUAUUUGACCAUGUAUGUGAAACUCAGCUGGCACUCUUCAAUUAAACUUUUAUUUCAGUAGUGA